AUGACUUCCACCUUUGUAGCAGCAUCAAGCCCCAACGUACGGGUCAGCUACAGUCGACUGUACCAAUUGCCCGAAAGAGAUCAAUUUGAGACAAAUCCUACGCUGGAUGACGAGGCUCAGCCCAUAGGAUGGGAUCGUCGAUACGGCAUGUUAUUUUUUUCAGAAAGGGCUCUCCUCUAUGGUCCCUACUCAGUUGCUACAGCAGAAGAAAAGUUCAUCCUCUCUCAGUUUCCCAACUUUAUGCGUGAUCGAGGAAAGAAAUGCCUUUAUCGCAUCUUUGAAGCCUACACUGCGAUCAAAUUGGGACGAAGUGGUCUUCGAGCUCGUCCCCGGGAUCCAGCUACAGACAGGGUUUACUAUUUUCCUUCACAUUAUCCAAGCUGUAUUGCUCUUUCCGUGCUGCAUUACGACGGUGACAGUUGCAGAACUUGUGCAGCUUUAAUAUACAAGUUCAGAACCCCAGAAGUAGCUGCUCUGGCUUUCAAGAUGCUCACAGACACAAACAGUGUUCCGCGGGGUCGAAGAACCUCCUUAUCACCUGCUACAUUUCCAGUAGCUCAAUUCCUCACCAAGAGCUCUCCUACUCGUGCACCGUCGCGUCGAAAUGGAUCUACCCGUCGUGUUCAAGAACGCGAAGUAAAGAUAGCCGCACCACGUUGUUCUGUUCGGCAAUCAAGAUCACGUCAAAUUGAUAUACAAUCGUCACCUCAUUGGGGCGCGUCUUAUAUCGAUUUCGAGGGUUCGAAAAGAAAGUUGGAAAGUCCAGAAAAAAUAUUCCGGGGCCGCUCUCACCAUCGAAGCAAGAGUAGAUCCAAGGGUCAGAAGGGGUUGGUGCACUUGCAGCACCAAAACUGUUGUUGUUGUAAUCACCAGUGUAUACAUUGUGGCGGUGUAAAAAAUUGUCACAGCGCUGCCAAAGGCCUUAAAGGCAACAUUCCCAAGAUAGAGGAUGGGUCACUGUUGAUAAUCAAUGGAAAGAAGUACCCUCUGAGCCUUCUCCACGAACUAGUGGAUCAAUUCGACGAAACAGCACCAGCAUUUCGCCUUAGCGAAUCGAAAUCCACAACCAGCAGUGAUAGUAGCAGCAGCAAUAACAUCAACGGAGUUGGGGUUGAUAACGAUAGCGCAGACUCAGGCUCAGGUUCUGGCGAACCUGUGGUUGAAUUAGUCUUUGACAAGCUUAAAAACACUUCGAAGCUGAAUGGAACGGAAAUGACAUUCUGUAACCGGGUGUCAAGUCGAAAUGGGAUGCGUGGGGAUGGCGGGACCCCAGUGACUGUGAUACGUCUUAGCAGACAAGGCCAUUCGGAUAGUGAACAGGAAGACGGUAUAAACGGCUGUGGAUAUCUCGCAUCACCGACGAAAGUGCUUGGAGAUGGAACAACGGUAUACAACCUUUACGGAAGGCAGAGAUCUGAAGACAGAACCAUCAAACAAUUCAACAACCCAACCUUCACAGCAGACGAGACUCCAGAUGAAACACCAGACGAGAACAUGUAA